AUGGAGCUCCUACAGCCAGUGAGAUAUAUUCCCGAUUCAAGCCAGGCAGAAUUAUGCUGUCCAGAACCAUGUGCAGACCACAAGUCCGAGAGGCAGGACAGGGUUGUUGUGGCUUACUCCAAGGUCUAUGGCGUCGCCAAAAUGAUUUCUGAGAUCCUUAGAGCAUUUGGGUCGGAACUAAGUGAUAGUCCAACGGAUAUAAAAUUCCAUAUUGCCCGAGUCGAGAAAGAAUUGACACAGCCAUACUCUCCGAAGCUCCUUGCAGCAGUUGAAGACCUGUUUUACAUUGUACUUGCAAGGGUGAAGAGUGAAAUCCAGCAGAUUGACAUUGACGAGAACUUCCAAUUCGACUUUCAUUUUAUAAAAACCAACUCGAGGCUCCUUCGGAGAAAGGGACUGCCAGAAAUCAGACACCUUAGAUUGAUUUUCGAGGCCUGUAAACGUCUCCUUCUGUCUGCGGAAGUCUGUGGUAUACUCAACACCGAGCUCAUUCGACAGCAAGAAGAUGAUUAUAUCCAGCAAACCAUGCAAAUGGGAGAGGAGACUGGGUACUUUGCCGAUGAUCCGGUAGGCUACCGCCGAUAUAUCCAGAGUCUGAUUACCGACCCAGAUUCCCCAUACCGGAUGAAGUGGAGCGGACUUAACCCUGUUUACGACUCUUCACCAGAGAUGAUACUUGCAGCCUUGAGGGAGAAAUAUAUGGGUAUUAUAUCACGAGAGACGAAACAGGGCAAAUUCAACAAUGUCAAGGUGAAGUCGCCUCCCCCUACGUGGAAGUCCAACCUAGCAUAUGUGGAAGAACGACGGAUACAAGCGAACAGAGAAGCAGCAUGCGCUAUGCUACAUGGUAUAAAUGUUGGCGAGUUUCGACGCCAGAAGGGUCAAGAAAUAGUCCGCCAAUAUGUUCAGCAGAAUCUCUGCGUUUGCCUUGAGAAUUGCACUUGUUCUCGCAGAUGCACCGUUAAGGGGUGGAGAGUUUGUCCCUGUACAAGUAGAAUGAAUCUACUCUAUGAGGAAGACCUUGGGCCUCGGCGACCUUUCGUUGAGAGAUGUGCGGACAUGGCAGUGAUAUUAUUCGAAGCACUAUCUGCCUCUUACCAGGGUAUUGGCCUGUAUGGGAUGGCAUGUUAUCUGAACAGAGGAUUGGAGUUCUUCCACGAUGAAGUCACCCACUUCCGAGACCACUAUUGGAAGGCUGCGGCUCAGGACAACUACUACUUUGAUUUCAAUAUUGAAUUCCAGUACCGGCAGCGGAUCGGUGAAGAUGUGCUUCAACGACGGAGCUGA